GGCCCUCCCGGCGAAACCAUCCAACCCCUCCCCAUCCAAAUUCCCAAGAAAUCCAAGCGUUCCCUGGAAUUCCCGGAAUUCCGGCAUCCCGAACCUUCCAGCCUCCUCCUGGAAUUCCUGGAUUCCCUGAAAUCGGAGCUGGAGCGGCUCCGGAAUCCUCCGGGAUCCCGGGAUCAUCCGGCCAGGACCUGCCAGGACCUCAAGCUCGGCCACCCCCAGCUCCAGGAUGGGGAGUAUUGGAUCGAUCCCAACCAGGGAUGUUCCCGGGAUUCCGUCAGGGUUUUCUGCAACUUCACGGCCGGAGGGGAGAGCUGCGUGUUCCCGGAAUUCCAGCAGUUUUCCUACCGGGAUCGGGAAUCGCGGCCGCUCCCGCGGGUCCAGCUGAGCUUCCUGCGCCUCCUCAGCUCCUCCGCCCGCCAGAGCCUCACCCUGCCCUGCCCCGGGAAUCCCCGAGGCGGCUCCGGGCGGCUCCUCCUGGAAUUCCGCUCCUCGCGCCCGGAGCUGCUCCCGAUCCUGGAUUUCCACCUGGAACCGGCCGCAAUUCCCAAAAAAUCCGAAAAUUCGGGAAUCGAGCUGGGACCCGUCUGUUUCCUGGGAUAA